AUUUUAUCAUUUUUAUCUCUUUUUCCAAUGAUUUCCAAUCUCUCGAUGUUCCAAUAUCGCACAAUUUAUCUGUCAAUGUAUACGUGUGUACGAACGUUUCGCUUUAUUGACCUGUCAACAACAAUUAUCGUGACUUACGCCCCAGACGACGUUUCGUCUUCGAAUCUUCAAGACACUUCUCCAAUUAUACGUAAGAUGUUUUGUUGCCUCGAGGCUUGCGUUAUGUGGUUCAAAUUUCAAAACAGAAGUUUCAGAUAUCAUGUAUGUUUUGACUAAAAUUUAUCUCGACCAAUUGCAGACUUGAAUAUUUUUUUUUUCUUUUUAUAUCAGUCUGACGUACGAAUCGACAAAACGAUUUGCCCGUUUUUUGAUCCCCGAUUCCACCUUGAGUGGAAUCAAUGUGGAGUGUAAUGGUCGAUUCGUCGAAACUAGAUUUACAGAUCUGUAAAUACCGAUGGGCUUCCAACCGAAUUGUCAGGGUGACUUUUAAUAUUCCCCCGACAUUCCCCAAAUGACGUAGCAAACGUUGUCACAUAUGUCUACGUUUGAAUAAACGUCGUAGAAUAGAAAACUCAUGUCAACAGGUUCAGAUUUUAUUUCUGUCCCCGGCCGUUGGGAUUGUCAAAAUAUUAUUUCUACCCCUCGACGUAUUUUUUUUUACAUUUCUUUUUUACAGCCGAACGAACUCUCUGAAGUUCGAAAUCGGUUGAAGUUGAUUCGUAAAAUUAGAUUCAACAGCGUGAACGUAGCGCGACCGUACGCGUUCUUGUUUUAUGACAACAAAAAAAUCUGAUUCAUCACGUUGAACGGUUGUGUUUGUCUUUUUUUCCCCAUCAUGAUGUAAAUCACAAAAAUUUCGAGUACUCAAACUCCGAGUUUAUUAUCGCCCUUUAUAUUUGAGAACGUAAUUUAUUCACGUCUUCGCCCUACGCCGCCGCUACGUCAUGAACGACCAGACGCUGCCCUCGCCGCAGACGACGCCGAAGACUCGAGAAUUAAUCGAGUUCCCCCAAAACGACCAUCCGCUCAACGAUCCCCCCUCUGCGGAAUGGGAUGCCACCGAAAACGAGGAAAAAAUCUUGAAUCAAAUCGAUAUUCUGAAAGUUCCGUCUAAGGAAAGUAAAGAUGUCAGAGGAUUUCGGCGUCUUUCAAAAUUAUUCGGUAAAAAUCGAGGUGGUAAAAACGCCGAGGAGGUUUCGUUAGAUUCGUCGAGAACCCCGGACACAAGAUCUGCGAUAUCCAACGAUUCACAAAUGGUUUAUUCGGGGCAACGAGUAUCGUCGCGGCUGCUACCCAACAUCGGUAGUCAUCUGAAAAGGUUGAUGAGGUUGAAGAGUAGCACGCGAGAGAUCAAAACCGAGGAAGAAGUCAUCAUAGUCGGUUCGCCCAAGGGAUCGUUGGCUGUCUCGGUUCCCGUGAUCGAGAUCGACGAAAUCGAAGUACAUCAGGGAAUUACGGAUUCUAAUCAAAAUGCCGAAACUGAUCAGAGGACAUCGGACUCUCUGGAAUCCGAUCUGCGGAAAACGUUGAUCUCGUCGGAAGAUCUCCUCCUUCCGGAUUCCGAUGAAUCGGAAAACAAAAAAUCGAAUGAAAUCGAAGAGUGUGAGUGUUGGCAUGUUGUAGAAAAUUCAACCACUUCAUCUGCAAAAGUACCCUCGGAAAUUUCAUCGUCGACGACAGUGGAUUAUAAUAUCACGGUGACCCCGAUUUCAUCGGUGAUACCUGAGACCGUGACGACGCCGCAGCAAAAUCAACCGAAUGACAUCAACGAUGAAUCCGUCGCCGUGGCACCAGUGCUAGUACCCGUACCCGUACCCGUACCUGUACCUGUAGUGGUGCAAAAUGAUUUUGAAAACGAUAUCCCUACGGUGGUUGUAGAAAGUCCUCCGCCACCUCCCUCUGCAGCUGCGUUCCACUUGAUCACAGCAACUUUAAACGCUCCGGUAGAAGUCGGACCGAAUCAGACCGAGGCAGGAAUCCAAGUAUCCAGACGAAGUGGUGCCUCGGCAGCGGUUCGCGAAGAUUUGAGACUGCCGUUUCUCUACUUGGAAGAAGAGGCUCGAAUCGAGCCUUACACUCGAACCGUUCUCGGGGGUGAAAAUGACUCGGUAACAACAGGGAGUGAAAGCAGCGAUGUCAUAUCCGAGGUCGCGGAUGCCAACGAACAACGCGAAGGACGUGACGCUGCCGAACAAUACUACAACGCUGUACUUUUGCGUGCGAUACUUCGUAAACAUUUGAAUCGCCUUGACGACGAGCCACCGUUUUACUAAACGAUCAUUUUUAUGCGAGGCUGCGGUGAAGCUUGCCAAUAUUCGUGCUCACCUAUACCCUAGGUAUGUAAUAAAUCCGAUGAUCUGAUCACCAAAUACACGACCUGAGAUAUAAAUAUUCACGAGGUAUUUCGUUUCCCUUUAUUCACUUCAUGCACGUAGCGAGAAGAUGGAUGUAACAGCUUCUGAUUUGAUUUGAAACAAACAAAAAAAAAAAAAAACCAACUAAAUUCACGAAUUUAAUGAGAAAAAAAACUGAAGAAAAAAUGAAUAUUCAAAAUCAAAAUCUGGAAAUCUGCACGAUUUCUAAAAAAAAAAAAAUAAGAAACCCUGCAUUUGAAGAUAUGAUCAAAGGUCGCCCGACUAGAAGAAUUUUUUAGUGCGAGGUUUUACUAAAACUUCGUAUAAUACGACUGUUUAAUAUGAAACGUGAGGAACAGAAACUUGAAAA